AUGCUGCGAUGGAUGAUGCUCACGGCGAUGACAGCAGCGAUGUUGAACGGAACCGGCUCAGAUGCGAUCUACGAGCACAACCAUCAUGUUGUGAGUCCUCCAGAGUUCGGUACUGGCAACAAUGCUGGAUCGCAUCACAUGGUUUGUGAAGGAUGGCCAGCAUGCUCUCUAUCGCUCUAUCUUGAAUGGAUGCAUGGUAGCAUGGGUGUUGUAUCAGAAGAGAAGACUUUGCGCAAUGAAAUCAAUCAGUUGUCCUCGAUUAAUUGCUCAAAAACAUCUUGCAGUUCCUCGGAAAGGGUCAAGGAGAUUGAAGAUCAGUUGAAACAAGCACAAACCCUGUUGGACAAGACCGAAGCUGCAGUAGCGAAGCAGAACAAGGCUCAAGACGACUUCUGGGAGAGGUGGCUUAAAUCCGUGGAUGCCCGGCUCAGGAAGCUUGACGAGAUUGGAAAAGAAAUCAAGGUGAUCGACAGGAAAGAGGCAGAGAGUCAGCUGGACAAGAUAAAAGAGCUCACACUAGAUGUGUCUUUGCUCGGAGAACAUCGCAUGAGGUUUGAACUUGACGGAACCAGGGACAGACAAGACACUGCAACUAUCCCUUCCUCUGAUCCCCGCAGAUCGACGGCUACCAUCCGCGAGGAGUUUCUGAACAAAUCGUGGGACUACCUCGUGCUCGAUUCAUCAAGUAUCAAUUCAGAAAUCAUCCGAACUCACGCGGAGCAGAGGUCCCUGUGCCUCCUGCGCGAGCUGCUCGAUGCCUGGCUGUCGGCGGGCGCGGUCGAGCACACGAGGUGCCCGCUGGGGAGGGAGGAAGACGAUUGCUUCAUGCGAUGCUCGAGAUACUGCAGAGCCUACAGCAAGUGUCGAGGAGCUGCGGUGAUGGGGUCGUCGUGCCUGGUAACGGAGGAUGGGUCACUUCUGCCUCUUCUCCAUCGCCUACCGGAGACGCGGGUGCUGGUGAAGGAGAGCAGCUCCUCGCUGUCUGUGUCGAGGCUCGAGGGCAGGUAGACGGCUUCCAUCGAGGCCUCUCUGCCGUGACUCGUCCAAGAGCCUGAGGUGCGCUGGAUGCACCAGGGCUGAUAAAAUCAAAGCUAGCGUUAUUCUGUUGGAGGUGGCGUGGCGUGUGUAAGGGAUCGAACCUUGACGCCCAGCGCUCAGAAGUUGAGGUUUCUGUUUCG